AUGAUCCCGCAUACCCAGGCAGAGUUGCGGGGCCUGGUAUUUGGAACAUCAGUGUAUAACUCUUCAUCUACCACAGUAUCUGCUUAUGAAAGAAGAUUUCGCAGCAGAAUCUGUGAAUUAUCCAAUUCAUUCACAUGCUUUAAUGGAGGCGAGUGUGUACAUUGGCAAUUGUGUGACUGUAGUCGAUUUAAUGCAACUGGAUCAAGAUGCCAGCUGGUGUACAACACAGGAGUAGAAAGAGACAACAUAUGCCGCACAUGGGGUCAAUACCAUUAUGAAACCUUUGAUGGCCUCUACUACUUUUCCCUUGGGAAAUCUACGUAUGCCCUUGUCAGACAGAAUGAACUGGAUGAACAGAGUUUCUCUAUACAAGUUCAUAAUGAUCCAGAAUGCAAGUCUUUUCCCUAUUCCUGUAAACGAUCCAUUAGUAUAUACUUUUCUGGAGAUGGGGAAAUCAAAUUAAGUAGUGAGGUCACUUACAAAGGAAUACGAAUACAGUUACCCUAUGCCAUAGGAAACUUGUACAUUCAAAAACUAGCCGGAUAUAUCAUGGUUAGACACCAGUAUGCAUUCUCUCUGGCUUGGGAUGGCACAUCUGCUGUUUAUAUUAAGAUGGCUGCAGACUAUUUGGGCAAAACGCAUGGACUGUGUGGUAACAACAAUGCCAUUCAGCAAGAUGACCUUGCCACUAGUUAUGGAAAACUUACAGAAGAUAUUGAAGAGUUUAUAGAAAGCUGGAGAGAAAAUCCUCCCCAGGAGAAUAUUCUCUCUUGGGAUACCACUUUUAAGUAUGAGCCACCCUGUCUGACUCAAACUCAAGCCUUCUUACAGAGGACAUAUACAUUAUGCAGCAUGUUACUCUGGUCACCUUUCAAAAAGUGUCAUGAAUUUGUGAGCCCGUUUCCUUUCAUGGCCAGUUGCACCAAUGACUUAUGCAUGUCACCAGCUGAUAAUGCAACCUGGUGCAGAGCAUUAACAGAAUAUGCAAGGGCCUGUGCUCAAGCAGGAAAACCUCUCCAUGAGUGGCGGGCACAGUUUGAACAAUGUGUUGUCAGAUGUGAGGAACAUCUCGUCUACAAUGAAUGCAUUGACUGUUGCCCGGUUUCAUGUCAGCAAAAAACUCAUUGUGUUGACAGUGAACUUCCCUGUGUUGAUGGAUGCUACUGCCCAGAUGGAUUUAUUUAUGAAAAUAGAUUAUGUGUAAAACCUACAGAAUGCCCAUGUGAUUACCAUGGAACUGUUCACAGGACUGGUUCUGUCGUUCGUGAAGAAUGCAACAACUGUACAUGUACUGGAGGAAAGUGGAUUUGCACAAAUCAUACCUGUCCAGCUGAAUGUUCAGUCUCGGGAGACAUUCACUUCAUGACAUUUGAUGGACACAAGUAUACUUUCCAAGCUGCUUGCCAGUAUAUUCUGGCAAAAAGUCUCACCUCUGGCAAAUUUGUGGUGACUUUGCAAAAUGCUCCUUGUGGACAGAACCAAGAUGGAGUAUGUAUCCAAUCAGUCAGUCUUAUUCUUGACCAAGAUCCCAAGAGGCAAGUGACUCUGACCCAUUCAGGAGAUGUUUUGGUAUAUGAUCAAUACAAAAUUAAUCUGCCUUAUAUUGAUGAUUCUUUUGAAAUAAGAAAACUUUCUUCUGUAUUUUUGCAAAUAAAGUCAUAUAUUGGAUUACAAAUACUGUAUGAUCGGGAGGGUUUGAGACUCUAUCUCAAAGCUGAUGCUAGAUGGAAAGAUGAUACUGUGGGGCUUUGUGGAACCUUCAAUGGAAACACUCAAGAUGAUUUUUUAUCUCCAGUAGGAGUGCCAGAAAGUACGCCCCAGCUUUUUGGAAAUUCCUGGAAAACGUCUUCAGCCUGUAGUACUGAGCAUAGCUCACCAGUGGAUCCAUGUGAUGUUCACCUACAAGCAGCCUCUUAUGCAACAGAAGUUUGCAGUAUCAUUACGAAAGAACUCUUUGCUCCAUGCUUUCCCCAUCUGAGUCCUCUUCCCUAUUUUGAACAGUGUAGAAGAGAUACCUGUAAAUGUGGGCAGAUCUGUAUGUGCUCCGCUCUGUCCCAUUAUGCCCAUCUGUGCCACAGAUUUGGAGUGGUGAUAGAUUUUCGGAGUAAUGUCCCAGAAUGUGCUCUUUCAUGUGAAGAUACAAAGGAGUACAGUACCUGUGAAUCUACCUGUGGCAGAACCUGCCAAACAUUCUCCAUGCCAGAGACGUGCAGUGGUGAUUGUGUUGAAGGCUGCACCUGUCCACCUGGAAUGUAUCUGAACAGCAAAUCUGACAGAUGUGUGCAACAAAAUGAAUGCCCCUGCUAUUUUCAGGGUAUUGAUUAUCCACCUGGAGAAAAUAUAAUAACAUCUUUGGGAAAAUGCCACUGUAGGGAUGGAAUGAUGAACUGUGAGGAAAACAACAUUGUUCAUGACUGCACGGAUGGCCAAAUCUAUGUAAACUGUAGUAAUCCAAAAAUGAUGCAACUUGGCAAGGAGAGAACGUGUGAAAAUCAGCUGCUAAACCUCACCAUCUCUGCACAUCUCCCUUGUUUUUCAGGAUGCAUGUGCCCUCCGGGCCUUGUUAAGCAUGGUGAUGCCUGCUUCAAGCCAGAUGAAUGCCCAUGUUCUUGGAAAGGAAAGGAGUACUUCCCCGGGGAAAAAGUAAUUUCUUCCUGCCAUACCUGCAUCUGCCGUCAUGGGUCAUUUGAAUGCACUUUCCACCCUUGCCCAUCAAUGUGUACUACUUAUGGAGAUCGCCAUUACAGAACAUUUGACGGACUUUCUUUUGAUUACAUUGGAAAUUGCAAGGUUUACCUGGUUAAGAGUUCCUCAGUUACUAGUUUCUCAAUCAUCAUUGAAAAUGUUAAUUGCUUUAACACUGGAAUCAUUUGUAGAAAGUAUAUUUUCAUUAAUGUUGGAAAAUCAUUCGUAAUAUUUGAUGAUGACACUGGAGAUCUGAGUCCACUGAGUUAUAUAGACAAACUACAGCAAAUACAUAUAUGGAAAGCUGGAUUUUUCACACUUGUUCACUUUCCUAAUGAAUAUAUCACAGUAAUGUGGGAUCAAAGAACAAUGAUUCAUGUACAGACAGGGCCUCAGUGGCAGGGUGGGCUGACUGGAUUAUGUGGAAAUUUUGACUCAAAAACUGUAAAUGAAAUGAGGACUCCAGAAAAUUUUGAGUUAACAAAUGCACAAGAAUUUGGAAGUAGCUGGGCAGCUGUAGAGUGUGUUGACAGCUCUGACAUUCGGCAUCCAUGCAUUUUAAAUCCACUCAGAGAACCAUUUGCCAAGAAAGAAUGUGGAAUACUAUUAAGUGAAAUAUUUGAGUCUUGCCAUCCAGUGGUUGAUGUCACCUGGUUUUAUUCAAACUGUUUGACAGACACAUGUGGCUGUAACCAGGGAGGGGAUUGUGAGUGUUUCUGCACAAGUGUAUCAGCCUAUGCACAUCAGUGUUGCCAGCAAGGAGUUACAGUAGACUGGCGAUCCCCAAGGCUGUGUCCUUAUGACUGUGAAUAUAUCAAUAAAGUUCUGGGAAAGGGUCCCUACAAGUUGGUCAGCUACUUGGACAGAGAAAUAGCAAUUGGAGUCAAACGGUUAGAUGGCUCUGUUUUCCCAGCAAGAGGAGACGGUUCUGCUUCUGGAGAUGCAGUGAACUUUAUGUUGUCAUCAGGAUUGUAUAAACCCAAAGCACAUGAUCCAAAUCUGAUUUCAUUUGAAACAGCCGACAGACCAAAUUAUUUUCUUCAUUUAGCAUCCAAUAAUUCCUUGGUUCUUUCCAAGUGGAAAAGAAAUGAGGAUUUUCAUAAUAGAUCAACGUUUGUCAUCCACAAGAAUGCAUGGCUCUUGGGAUACAGUUCCUUUGAGUCAUUUGCAGUGCCGGGAGCCUUCAUCCACAUUUCAGCUUCCUCUGUGAAUGUUGUUAAGUACCGUCACUCUGAGGCAUUUAGACUUGCUACACUUUUUAAACUUGUAGAUACCAAAUUUAAGUUUCUAGCCCAUUCAACCUGUGAGUGGCGCUAUGAUGUCUGUACAAGCCCUUGUUUCAAGACAUGCCGAGAUCCUUUGGCAGAACUUUGUCAGGCUGUACCUAAAGUGGAAGGAUGUGUUCCCAUGUGCCCACAGCAUAUGGUUCUGGAUGAAGUCACUCAAAGAUGUGUCUAUUUUGAGGACUGUAUCGAGCCUACAGCUGAAGUGCAGUUUCCACCAUUCACUUUAAAGACAACUGUAUUUUCACCGACAACAACUGAGGCUCUUCAGACUUUGGCAGUGAAAGAAACAACUUCAUCUCUGAGCCCUGUAUCAAAAGGCAAAGAAACAACACGUGCAUCUGAAUGGCAGUUCAGUACAACAAUAGAAAAAACUAAACUUUCUACUCUGCUAUUACCAAAUACUACAGUCUUGGCCAUAUCUGCAACAUCAAAUGUUUCAGCACCGCUACCUUUCAGUACAAGCACAAUGCCAGUAUUUUCACCUCCAGUGCCAAGAGGUACGAUAAUUACUGACGCAGAAAAUAAAACAGUUUCUACUUCAACUAUCAUUGAGACUCUGUCAGUUAUGGCAGAUGACAAAUCUUCACCAGUCACAAUUAGAGCAGUAUCAGAAACAGCAGUAACAGGCAUCCAGAGCUUCCCCACAGAUGAAACCAGAGGAACACUUGAAAGAAUCACAGAGGGCACAUCUUCUUCCAUGGUGAUAUCGACAGAAAUAAGUCCAUUUUUAACCAAAACAGCCACAUUUCCAUAUCUGGAAACAUCUUCCUAUUUACCCACAGUGAAUAAAACAAUAACUUCAGACAAAACAAAGAUGGAUACAAGUCCGCUUUCUGUAAUGGUGGCCAAUGUCACUGUAACUUCAUUUUCUCCUUUGUUUACUACUUUAUCAACAGUAAAACCAGUUGUGAAGCCAGUUCCUUCAGAAACAACAAAAACAACAGCUGCUUUAAUCCAAGAAGGAAUUAAAACCUCAUUUAUUGCAGUGCCUCUAGUACCUACAAAACCUGCCACCACAGUCUCUACAUACCUAAGUGGUUUGCCAUUUUCUACACUUAAAGAAAUGGUGCAAACACCACCAAGUGUUACAUAUCCAUCAAGUUAUCUGUAUUCAACAGCUUCCAAACCUGGUAUUUUUUCUACCCAAAUUGCUGGGGUACCUGUUACAUCUACAACUUCUCCAGCUUUUACAGUCCCAACAGAAUUUUUACAGACAGAAUCAAGUGAAUAUUCACCAUCCACACAGCUAAACCUGACAGAGGCUGUGAGUGCUUUAUACACCCAGUAUUCCACAAGACCUACACCUCUCUCUACAAAAGUACUCUCUAAAGCUACAGCUCCUACAGAAUCAUCAACACUCAUUUUAGUCUCCCCUAAAUCAUCUACAGAAUACCAAGCACCUUUGUCCCUGAAAGUGACAGAGCUGAGUGCUGUGCCGCCUCCUGUCAGCAUGACAAAAUCAGAAACAACAUCCGAUUUUAAGAAAGAACCCACAGACAUAGCUGCCACAGUUCCAUUUGAAACAAAAAAAAUCGAACCAGUUCCAUCAAGUGGAUAUCCAUUUACUUUGCAGGCUGUUACUGAUACAACAAGUGUGACGGUUUAUCUUGACACAACACAGCAAGAAAAAACCACUAGUGUAUAUUCCCCCAAACCUUCUGCUAGUGUGCUUCCAAUGUUCACAUCUACAGCAGUGAUAUCAAAGCAAGUCACUAGUCCUGUGCCUCCAUCACCUGCAACUCGAGUUACAAUGACUGUUACUGUGCAUCCAGUAAAGGCAGAGGCAACAUCACUUUUUUCAGUGUUGCCCCUUACAACCAAACUACCAAGCACAGUAACCUCAAGGUCAACUCCAGAACUGACAAUAAAAGCAGCUUUAAGUGACACUGGUGUUACUUCAUCCUCAUAUACUGAAUUUAGCAGCCAGCCGUUAGCUGUCAAAGUAACACCAACCAAACAAAUUUCAACUCCUUCUACCUCUGCUAUUCUUCCUCUAACAACGCUUUCUACCACAUUUUACCAGGCAGAGACAACUGUUUCUCCUUACACUUUAACACGAAAAAUUCCUGAAAUAGCAGUCACUGCAAAACAGCCAGUUGAGACAAAAAUACCAUCAGAAGCUGUUUAUUCUGUCCGUACUUCUCCAAUAGAAGUGGUUUAUUCCCAUGAGAAAGAGGAAUCCACAGUUACGUAUUUUACCACCAAAACACCAGGGAAGGAUUCUUCACCAGCUUCCAAAGCUUACUUAACAACCAAAGGAACUACUUCAGCCUAUCACUUUUCACCUGAUCUGUUAAGGACUAGUAUCCACCCCAAAAGUGCUUUCAGCACAACUGAGCCAGCAGUCAAGUUUGCAACAUCCCAUGAUACUUCAAAACCAGUGGUUGCUCCUUCGGCUGCAUUGCUUACUUCAAUAUUUUCAACAAAAGCUCCUUUAAUAAGUGAAGAAGAAGUAACCCACACAACAAAAGCUGGUACAGGUGUUCAGACAGCUUUCUUGACAUCAACCAGAAAAGCUGCGGAUUUGACUGUCAGUGAAAAACCUCUGUUUUCUACUUCUAAAGUUACUGUAGUUCCAUUGCCAUUAUCUACAUUAAAGGAAGAAAUAGUGGCAUCCUUUCCUGCUGAGAAAACAAAAACUGAUUUACCUGUUACAAGGCACACAUUGACUCCUUCCCAAACACUCUCUGCCUCUAGCACUUCAUUUCAUGUACCAGAGUUAACAUCUCCUUCACUUUCUAUAUUGGAAGCCCCAGAGACUUCAAUUAUGAGUCAAACAGAGGUGACAUAUUUAACACCAAUGAUAUCAACAACUCUCACAUCAAUGGGCAAAAUUGCUACAGAGAAGACCUCUGUUUUGUCUAAGCAAGUACCUCUUUCUACCAGUUCUUAUACUUCAACAUUCCCUGCAUUUAGAGUGACACCAGCUACUCCACAUUUUACAACUACAAUAACUGAAUUAGCACCACCAGAAAUAAGUGGUCUCACAACACAGAGUGUCACAAAAUCAUUAGCAGAGAAAACAGCAGGGAUAAGAGAAUCCCUUACAACAUCCUUGUUCUCAGUGUCUUCUGUUGCUUUAGAAACAAAGAGCAUCAUUUCUGAAACACCAGAGACUGAUGGGCAACUACUGGUUACAAAGCUUCCCUUAUCAGAUUUGCCCACCAAACAUUCACCUUCUUCCCCUGCUUCACUUGGUUCUACUAUCCUAACUACAACACUUGAAACUCCAUCUGCAUUCAAGGUGCCCACACCCUCAGCAAGCUCUCUGUUGAUACCACCAGUACAACCAAAUGCUACAAUUGCUACAUCAGUUUUCAGCUCCACCUAUUCAUCUACUAAACCAAUGUAUGGGUCUGCCACAGGAUAUUCUGUUGAAUUAACAGCAGCUGAAGUUGUCUCAGGAGUUACAGCAUCAGUUUUCAUGCCCUCUAGAGAAACAGCAUCAUUACCAACAUGUGUACCAAUCACAGAAAAUGAGUGCAUAAAGCACAUUUGCUUGGAUGGACAACUGAUCCAAGUUGACAAGUCACAGAACUGUCCAUACAAUGCUACGCAGCCCAGCUGUGGAUUUCUAGGAUUUGCUGUACAGAUUAAUGGAGAUAAAUGCUGCCCAAAAUGGGAAUGUCCAUGUCGUUGUACAUUCUUCUCUGAUCUGAGCUUUAUCACCUUUGAUGGGCACAAUUUGGCUUUAUUUAAGGAAGCAUCGUAUGUUGUCAGCCAAACUCAAGAUGAAACUAUAAGCAUCCAUGUCACUGAUUGCAGCAACAUUCAUAUGGGCAUUUUAACCUCUACUAAACUGUGUCUGACAAUGCUGAAUGUAACAUAUUUGUCUAACCAGAUUAUUCUGGACCGUUUAAACAGAAAGAUAGCUGUUAAUUCAAGAUUUGCAUGGCCAACUGUCAGAAAAUAUGGAUUUAAAAUUGAGGACACUGGCUUCAUGUAUAUUAUUGAAACUCCAACAAAUGUUAGAAUUCAGUGGUUUCACACUAGUAGGGUGAUGGUAAUAGAACUUAAUUCAACCAGUGAUCCAAAAGCAACAGGAUUAUGUGGUUUCUGUGAUGGAAGCUCAGCAAAUGACCUCAUGCUACCUAACAGGACUGUUAUAAGUACUUCAGUUAUCUUUACAGAUAGUUGGCAGGUACCAAACACGCUGAAAUAUAUUGGAGAACAAAGGAGCCAUGAAUCAAACUGCUCAGUCACAGACUGUUCACUUUGUUUUAAUAUGUUGUUGAACCACACUUUCAGCCGCUGCCAUCCUUAUGUGUCUCCAGAUUCUUUUUGUGAAGUAUGGAUCCAAGAUGCAGAAUACAUGCAGAACCCUUGUAUAGCACUGGCAGCUUAUGUGGCCAUGUGUAACAAAUUUAAUAUCUGCAUAGAAUGGAGGAGUCCUGAUUACUGCUCCUUUCCCUGCUCAGAAGGCUUCUCCUAUAGGGCCUGUAUAUCUGCCUGCGAUACACCAAGUACUUGCCAGAAUCUGGAACCAGUACCUCAGGAUUCAGACUUUUGCUUAAUUCUCACUGAGGGAUGUGUCUGUGAAGAAGGGACCCUCCUUCACCGUGUUCACUCAGAUCUCUGCAUCCCAGAAGAGAAGUGUGCCUGUACAGACAGUUCUGGAAUGCCCCAUGCAGUGGGUGAGAUUUGGAAAACCUCCCUUACUGGAUGCUGCAUGCACAAAUGUGUUGACCAUGAGACCAUUGCUCCUGUAGAAUACAACUGCUCCAUCAGACAUGACUUAGAAUGCCAGCGCUUUGGGGAAGUGGCCUUAAUUGUACCUGAUGACCAGUCCUGUUGUCACCAGAAAGUCUGUACUUGUAAUCAGAGCCUCUGUGAAACAUUUAUUCCUGAAUGCAAAGGCCUAGAGAAACUGGCAACUUAUUACCGUGAUGAUUCCUGCUGCCCCAAUUACACUUGUGAAUGUGAUCCAGCAAAAUGUGAGUCCAUGGAACAGAUUCCAAACUGCCGAGUAGAUCAAACCUUGAUUGCUACCCAUGUGGAAGGCACCUGCUGCAUAUCAUAUAUCUGUGCAUGUGGCAUUUGCUCUGAUCAAAUUCCAGAGUGCCAGGAAGGAGAAGUUCUUACUGUGGAUGGCAAUACUACAGACAGAUGUUGUCCAGCCUACGAAUGUGUUUGUGAAGCCUAUCGUUGUCCUGAGUUUAAGUGUGUGUUAGGAAUGUCCUUAGUAGAGGUGUGGAGUCCAGAAAAGUGCUGUCCAUAUCGCUCAUGUGAAUGUUCAUGUGACACAAUUCCUAAACCUCAGUGUAAACUGGGAGAGAAAAUGCUUAUAGAUGAACAAUUCCUGAACAGCACAGAAAAUGUUUGUCACUGUACUAAGUACAAGUGUUGUAAAGACAAAGUGUGCCUGAACAACGAGAGAGGUGUUCUGCUUCCAGGACAGUCCAUUGUUGAACACUCGCCUGAUGGUGUUUGUCACACUUCAUAUUGCACAAAUGUAGUUGAUCCAGUUACCAAAUACUAUCGGAUAAAUAUAUCUUCUAUAGAUUGUGCGGCAAGGUGCAAAUCUAACCAAGAAUAUGAACCUCCAAAAGAUUUAGCAACUUGCUGUGGAAAAUGCAAGAAUGUGUCUUGUGUUCACAGUUUCAGCAAUGGAACAGUUUCACAUUUUAAGCCUGGUACCAGCUGGGUUUCUAAUUGUGUCAGAUAUGACUGCAUGAACACACCAGUUGGACCCAUUCUAAUUACAUCUUCCAUCAGCUGUCCACCUUUUAAUGAAACAGAGUGUGUGAAGGUUGGAGGAUAUAUUGUACCAUUCCUAGAAGGAUGCUGCAAAACAUGCAAGGAAGAUGGAAAAUUUUGUAAAAAAGUGACUGUUAGGAUGACAAUACGCAAGAAUGACUGUCGAAGCAACACACCAGUAAACAUUGUUUCCUGUGAUGGAAAAUGUCCUUCUGCAAGCAUAUAUAAUUAUAACAUCAAUACAUAUGCGAGGUUCUGCAAAUGUUGCAGGGAACUUGGGCUGCACAGACGCAGUGUGCAGCUAUAUUGCAGUGGCAACUCAACCUGGGUCAGCUACACCAUUCAAGAACCCACAGACUGUUCUUGCCAGUGGUCAUGAAACAAUGCUAAAAAGUCAGUGAGUUCAACAUAUUUGAAGGGAAUUAAUUUUAUUCCCAGAAUUGUAAAACAAAUUAUUGAUAUCUCAUCCUUUGAAAACACAGUUACUUGCAUUUACAAAAAGAAGCAGUUUUUCCAAAAAGAAAUCAGCAUAACCUCCAUUGUGUUCUGGACCGCUGUGUUAAGAGGUGAAUUCUUAGAGCACAAAUCACAGGCCUCAGGUGGGGAUGUGCAUUCCUAUAUGUAACUAAGCAUGUAUCCAGCUAGUACAUUUGGCUGGAUGGCAUCACCAUCUAUAUCAACAUCGGCACCCAAAUGUGCAUCCAUUAGCUAUGCACACCAAAUGCAGAUGCAUGUAGCUCUUACCAUCUGGCUGGAGUAAAUGCGGCUAUCCAUGUGUUCUUAUAGAUAAUUUGCAUUACUACACCUUCAUAAUCUAUUGUUACAUAAUAAUUAAAAUAUUUGCAAGACUGUGGGGGCCUUCUUAAAAUUAAAUUUCAUAAAGUUAGGUUUUUGUGGUAUGUGCCAACUUCCAAAGAGAAAGGGGUUGCCUUUGAAAGACAGAUAGUUUAGUACUGAUUUCUGUGUCUGAUUCAUUCUGUGUCAACCACACCACCACUUACUUUAAAAUGUUGUCAGUGGUAUAAUUUCUUGAAUAUCUUGCAGCAGGUCUUGGAAAAAAGCUUGCAUCUUGCAGUAGUGAAUGCAUACAUGUUUGAUGCCUAUGAAGGAAAACUAUCAGAAUGAUAUUCAAGCUGUUCAGUAUAAAUCACACUGAUAUUGCAAAUGAAGGCAAAAGAUAUAAUUUUAGGCAUGUUCAUCAGGGAAAUAUUUUCAAUAUUGGCAACUGUAUAUAUCCACAUAUUCCCUGGUAUGAAAUAUGAUUUUCUAAAGUAUUUUUAUGGAGUUACAUGAAAGCAUAUUUUCUAGGAAACGUAGCUCAUCCUACAAUUUGAAGUUAUCUAAUUUAAAUUUAGAAACAGAGUUAUCUAUCUUAAAAAAACAGGAGGAGCAAUUAAACAAAUAUGCCAGCUGAUCAUGUGAGAAGAUAUUUCCCCUUCCUGUCAAAUGAAUGCACUUUAGCUCUUUUGCCUUCCCCUGUAGUAUCCUAGUGUAAUUCUGACUUUUGCUUGUUUCUUAAAUAUAGCAGCUGACAUCCUGACAAGUGAAGCGAGGACACACAGAGACGCUGCUCUUGAUGCAGCCGGAGACUUCCUCAUUACUGCUGUGUGGCAGGAGGGGCCAUUUUGCUGAUCUUUCCUCCCUCUGGAAGUUCUCUGUGCAACCUGAGCUGUGCGACCCUCAGAGAUCUAUUUUUGGAAGGCACAGUACACUUCAAGAGGCAGGGGAGAUAAACUUAGAUCACUCCCCCAUGCAUGCUGCGGUUCAUAAGUCACUGCAUCCUCAUUAGUCAGGAUGUCAGCCAGUGGCCACAAUCUAAAGAAUGACACAACUAACUCUGUAUGCAUUGGUGGCUUUGAGUUUUUGGUCUCCCCCACCCCAGAAACAGCAACUUCACUUUACUGCAUUGUAGGCUGCUUUUGAAACUCAAGAAUGUUUCUUUCCAAAUUUCCAAAAAGCAAAACAUCUCUAAAGCAACAAUCCUAAACACAUUUACUUGGUAGAGAGCCCAGUGAAUUCACCGGGAAUCAUUUCCAAGUAGACAUGCAUAAAAUUGCACAGUGUAGUGAAGAAAUGGUAAGGGCAGGGCAGUCCCACAAACAAAGUGGGCUGGGUGGGAAGGCAGGAUCCUAUCUAUUUUCCUCCAGACCACCAGAGCCUCUUCUGGGCUCUGCCACUCACAUGCCCAUAUGACCAACAUGGUAGCAGACUCCCAAUGUGGGAUUGAGAGGAGGAAGUCCUCCCAUAUCCCACUAUGCACAAAGCAAGCAGUAGGGGUGUGCAGAAACUGGUUCAGAAGCCCUUUUAUGGACCUCUGAACUGGUUUGAAGGUCCAGCGAUUUAGCCAGUUCAGUGGUGGUGGGGGCUUACCUUUAAGGAGCAGGGAGGUGUUCUUACCCCCCCGCCACAUUUUCCAUGCCAGCACUGCGCUUAAAA